AUGAAAUUAGUGAGGUUUUUGAUGAAGCUUAGCCAUGAAACGGUAACAAUGGAGCUCAAAAACGGUACUCAGGUACAUGGCACUAUAACAGGAGUAGACGUAGCUAUGAACACCCAUUUAAAGGCAGUUAAAGUCACUGUUAAAAACCGCAAUCCAGUGACUUUGGAUACCCUCACAGUCAGGGGUAACAAUAUUAGAUAUUACAUUCUACCUGAUAGUUUACCCCUUGAGACGUUAUUGAUUGACGACACACCAAAAGCCAAAGCCAAAAAGAAGGAGUCUGGUCGUGGAGCAGCCAGAGGUAGAGGUAGAGGAAGAGGUAGAGGUGGUCCCAGAGGACGUGGCAGAGGAAGAGGAAGGAGAUAA